AUGAAUGGCGAGGAGCAGUACUACGCGGCCACGCAGCUGUACAAGGACCCUUGCGCAUUCCAGCGGGGCCCGGCGCCGGAGUUCAGCGCCAGCCCCCCUGCGUGUCUGUAUAUGGGCCGCCAACCCCCGCCGCCGCUGCCUCCGUUCCCCGGCGCCCUGGGCGCACUGGAGCAGGGCAGCCCCCCAGACAUCUCCCCGUACGAGGUGCCCCCGCUAGCAGACGACCCCGUGGUGGCUCACGUCCACCACCACCUACCGGCUCAGCUCUCGCUCCCCCAUCCGCCCUCCGGGCCCUUCCCGGAUGGAGCCGAAUCAGGCGCCCUGGAGGAGCCGAGCCGCGUCCAGCUGCCUUUCCCGUGGAUGAAGUCUACAAAGGCUCACGCGUGGAAAGGCCAGUGGGCAGGCGGUGCCUACGCGGCCGAGCCCGAGGAGAACAAGCGGACGCGCACCGCCUACACUCGCGCGCAGCUGCUCGAGCUGGAGAAGGAGUUCCUAUUUAACAAAUACAUCUCCAGGCCGCGCCGGGUGGAGCUGGCCGUCAUGCUGAACUUGACCGAGAGACACAUCAAGAUCUGGUUCCAAAAUCGCCGCAUGAAGUGGAAAAAGGAGGAGGACAAGAAGCGCAGCUGCGGGACCGUGUCCGCAGGUGGCAGGGACGCGGAGCCCGAGCAGGACUGCGCGGUGACCUCUGGCGAGGAGCUGCUGGCGCUGCCACCACCGCCGCCCCCCGGGGGUGCCGUGCCGCCCGCUGUCCCGGCCGCCGCCCGAGAGGGCCGCCUGCCGCCUGGCCUGAGUGCUUCGCCUCAGCCUUCCAGUGUCGCGCCCCUGCGGCCACAGGAACCCCGGUGA